UCCAAAUGCCCAAAAUGCGCGGCCCCAUAUACGCGCGCUGGAUACCACCGAAGCUGGCAACAGAGCCGCAAAGCUCUUCAGCCACCGCACCCACACCGAACCCGGCAGAACCCCGCCCGAACGCUUCGCCAGAGGUGUCCCACCACAAGAAGAAGAAGAAAAAGUCGAAGAGGAGAGACAAUGAAGAGACUGAUCAAGAGGCGCAGGUGGUAGAGGCAUCAAAGUCUGAGGUGCAUGUCGAAGUAGCGUCUCCGGAAUCUCCCAAACCGGUCAAGAAGCCCAAGAAGCGAAAGCGAGACGCGAAGUUCGACGAGGCGCAAGGUGAGGAGGACGAAUCGAUGCCAAAGAAGCAUAGGACAAUACUGUCAAAGUUUGAUAAAGUCGCGCGAAGGGCGCAAGUAGAGGCUAAGGAUAGCCCCGAGGAUACCGGGGAGGAGAAGGCCAAGUCAGAAGUGCUUCACGACUUGGAGCCUCUACCUCAACCUGCGCAAGUUCCUGAGCCUGCCUUCGAGCCCACUUUCUCUGUCCUGCCGACCUGGCUGGCCCAACCCGUCACCGUAGAAGCGUCUAAGACCGUGCCGUUCAGCGAGCUUGGAGUACAGCCCUUUUUCGCGAGGAAGUUGGAUACGCAGGGCUUUACGGAGGCUCUAGCAGUACAGUCUGCACUGUUGCCGAUGUUGCAUCCCGGCUUCGAGCAGCACCUGGGGGAUAUAUGUGUAUCAGCAAGGAAAGAACAGAUGCUGACCUGCACCGCGCUCGCAGCAAAAACCGGUUCCGGAAAGACGCUUGCCUUCUUACUACCAAUUAUCGAGGCCUUGAAAGACCGGGCCACUACGUCGCUAUCCGCCAUUAUCAUCGUCCCGAGCCGUAAGCUAGUCGAUCAGGCUGUACGAGUUGCGGAAGAUCUGUGCCUGGGCACUAAGAUCAAGGUCGGAACAGCUGUGGGGAGUGUCCCAUUCACCACCGAGCAGAAACAACUUGUCCAAUUGAGGGCACAGUAUGAUCCAAAAAGAGCUGAAGAGCUGCACGACAGGGCGUCGCGACAAUUGGAGACGGGUUUCGUCGAGAAAGGUGGGAUCGUUGAUGAUCUGAUGCACAUGCCUAUCGAACAUGUUCCCCGGUACGACUCCGGCGUGGAUAUCCUCAUCUGUACUCCUGGACGACUUGUAGAACACCUAGAAUCUACUACCGGAUUCCUUUUGCGGUCUGUCAGGUGGCUGGUCAUCGACGAAGCGGACCAGCUGCUGAAGCAGGAUUUUCAAGGGUGGGCUACCAUGCUAAUGGACGCGUUACACGGCGAGACACCCAAUGAUUUCAUGGACAUCCAAGAACGCCUUCGGAAGCAAAGACAGGGCUCGUCAUGGGCUGUCGCCCUACCAGCUCGCAGGCUGAUUACAAAAGUCGUUUUGAGUGCGACUAUGGAAAAGGAUCUGACAAAACUCGGUAUGUUGAGAUUGAAGCGACCGAAAUUAGUUGUGGUGCAAGAUGAGGCAGGAGAAGAGCACCAGGUCACGAAUGACGCCGAUGUCUUCGAGCUGCCCUUAACGCUGGACGAAUAUGCGGUUCCAGUGGGUAAUGGCCAGAGGAAACCGUUAUACCUGCUUUACUUUUUGCUUAAUGCGGCCUUCAAGAGUUCCGAUGGGGCACGAAAGGACUCCUCGAGCCCCGAUACUUCGUCAGAAGACGAAUCCGAGUCAGAAAACAAAUCGAUUGGCGGUCAAAAGAGCAGGGUCUUGGUAUUUACCCAGAGCAAUGAGAGUGCAUCAAGGCUCUCUCAUCUACUCUCCGUUCUUGAACCGUCGCUCAAGGAUUAUCUCAAGACGAUGAGCCCGUCAUCAACGGCCAAGGCUUCGAAAAAAUUGCUAAAGGCCUUCAGCACGGGUAAUGUCAAAAUUCUAAUCGCGUCCGACGCUGCGUCCAGAGGGCUGGAUAUCCCAGACAUCACCCACGUUGUCAACUAUGACUUGCCUACAAGUAUCACUAGCUACGUGCACCGUGUUGGACGAACCGCCCGCGCUGGCAAGGCCGGCGAAGCUUGGACGCUGUUUACAAAGACAGAAGCCGCCUGGUUCUGGAAGCAACUAGCGAAGGGCGAUAGUAUCCGAAGAGGUGGAAGGAAGGUUAAGCGAAUCGAGUACAGCCAGUGGAACGUCACGUUCAAUCGAAAGAGAACAUACGAAGCAGCACUAUCGCAGCUGCAGGACGCCGUCGAGGGUGCGGAUGAGAGUUGA